ACCAUGUCCGUGCCCAAAAAGAAGUUACUCGACACCGCCUGGAACACGACAACGUUUUUGCUCACCAAGCAGCCGGAAGAUUUCGUGGAUGGGCAUCGCGUUAAAAUCGUCAUCGUCGGCAGCGGUUAUACCGGCGUGGCCAUCGGAAUCGCAAUCCUCUUCAAGCGGCUCGCCUCCGAGCUGGUGUUCAUAGACGUGAACGAGGAAUUGGCGAAAGCAGAGGCGGAAGACAUCAGCCAUGGCGCUGCAUUCCUCGGCAACCCGAAGAUCAUCGGUACCAAAGAUUACUCGCUGGCCAGAGACGCGACGGUGUGCGUGAUCACGAUCGGUGAUAGAUCGACUAACGAACAAGAUCCGAGCACUUUGUUGGAGCAAAAUUUGAACAUCUUCAAGGACGUUAUACCGAAAGUGUGCAAGUACGCGCCCAACAGUAUACUUUUGAUCGUGACGGCUCCAGUCGACAUACUGUCGUACGCAGCCAUGAAGCUCUCGGGCUUCCCACCGCAUCGCGUGGUGGGACUGGGCACAUUUUUGGACAGCUGUAGGUUUCAAUACUUCAUCGCGCAGAAACUUGGAAUUUCGGCGAGCUCGGUUCAGGCCUCCGUAAUUUGCGAGAACGGACCCACGUCUGUGCCGAUCUGGUCUGCCGUGACGGUGAUGGGGAUCAAGCUGAAGGACAUAAACAAAGACAUCGGUACUAAAGCGGAUCCGGAAUCUUGGGGCGAGCUGCACGCGAAAGUAAUCGAUUGCGACAACGAUCUUAUCUCGAGGAAAGGGUAUCGGUGCUGGGGGAUGGGUAUCUGCGCCGCCGAGGUCGUCGACGCCAUCGUACGAAAUACUUGCAUCUGCGUCACGGUUUCCACCUACUUGAAGGGUUGUCGGCACGGUCUCGAGAAAGACGUUUACAUGUCCCUGCCGUGCAUAGUAGGCAGAAACGGCAUAGAGACGCUUCUUCGUCACCCGUAUACACCGGAGGAGCAAGAACUCACGGAGACGUCGUGUCGAACCAUUUUCGAGACUCAAAAAUCGAUUCUCAAUAGUUUGGAAUAAGUUACUCCUCC